AAGGCUGAAACAGAAAAGCAAAGUCCCCCUCAUGGAGAAGCAAAGCCUGGUUCAAGCACUCUUCCACCUGUGAAAUCAAAGACAAGCUUCAUUGAAGCAGACAAGUACUUCCUACCGUUUGAAUUGGCAUGCCAGUCGAAGUGCCCCAGGAUUGUCAGUACAUCUCUAGAUUGUUUACAGAAACUUAUAGCAUAUGGGCACUUGACAGGGAAUGCUCCAGACAGUACAGCUCCAGGCAAAAAAUUAAUUGAUAGAAUUAUUGAGACAAUAUGUGGCUGUUUUCAAGGCCCUCAAACAGACGAAGGGGUUCAGCUACAAAUAAUAAAGGCUUUGCUCACUGCAGUAACAUCUCAACACAUAGAAAUCCACGAAGGAACAGUGCUACAGGCUGUAAGAACAUGUUACAAUAUCUAUCUAGCAAGCAAAAAUCUCAUAAAUCAAACUACAGCCAAGGCUACUCUAACACAAAUGCUGAAUGUCAUUUUUGCACGUAUGGAAAAUCAAGCACUUCAGGAAGCCAAGCAGAUGGAAAAGGAAAGACACAGACAGCAACACCAUCUACAGCAGUCCCCAGUCAGCCACCAUGAGCCUGAGUCACCUCAAUUGAGACAUAUUCCAACGCAGAUUGAUCAGCUGUCCAAAGAACAAGAGAGAGAGCUUGACCACAGCACAAAUUAUGUGGACAAGAAUCUUCAAGAAGAUAUAGAGGCAGAAAAUGGAUCUGAUAUUUCUAGUGCUGAAAAUGAACAGACAGAAGCUGACCAAGCCACAGCAGCAGAAAAUCUUUCUAAAGCUGAUGGAGAAACAUAUGAUGGUGAAAGCAAUGAGUGUGAAGAGAAGGCGCAAGAAAUUGUAGAAAAUAUUGUGCAGGAAAUGGUGAACAUAGUAGUUGGAGAUGUGGAAGGGACUGCUGAAAGUGCAGGUGGUGAUGGCACAAUUGUAACAUUAGAGGAUGGCAGUGACAGUGAGAACAUUCAGGCAAAUGGAAUUCCAGGGACUCCAAUUUCUGUUGCUUAUACACCAUCUUUACCUGAUGACAGAUUAUCUGUCUCUUCCAACGAUACUCAGGAAUCUGGAAAUUCUUCAGGACCUACUCCUGGUGCUAAGUUUUCCCACAUUUUACAAAAGGAUGCCUUCCUUGUAUUCAGGUCACUGUGUAAACUCUCUAUGAAGCCCCUGUCAGAUGGACCACCAGAUCCAAAAUCUCAUGAACUGCGAUCAAAGAUUCUUUCAUUGCAGUUGCUUCUGUCCAUUCUGCAAAAUGCAGGACCUGUCUUCAGGACAAAUGAGAUGUUUAUUAAUGCUAUUAAGCAGUACCUUUGUGUUGCACUGUCAAAAAAUGGAGUUUCAUCAGUUCCAGAAGUUUUUGAACUUUCACUUUCCAUAUUUCUUACCCUCCUCUCAAACUUUAAGACUCAUCUAAAAAUGCAAAUUGAGGUUUUCUUCAAAGAAAUUUUCCUGUAUAUCUUGGAAACUUCUACUAGCUCAUUUGAUCAUAAAUGGAUGGUUAUACAAACACUGACAAGGAUAUGUGCAGAUGCCCAGAGCGUAGUGGACAUCUACGUGAACUAUGAUUGUGAUUUAAACGCAGCAAAUAUAUUUGAAAGGCUUGUUAAUGACCUAUCAAAGAUUGCUCAAGGAAGGGGUAGCCAAGAACUUGGCAUGUCCAAUGUUCAGGAAUUAAGUUUGAGAAAAAAAGGAUUGGAAUGCUUAGUUUCAAUCUUGAAGUGCAUGGUGGAGUGGAGUAAGGAUCAAUAUGUAAAUCCAAAUUCUCAGACAACACUUGGCCAAGAAAAACCCACAGAACAGGAGAGCAAUGAAACCAAGCAUCCUGAGACAAUUAACAGAUAUGGAAGUUUAAAUUCCUUGGAUUCUACUGCUUCAUCAGGAAUUGGCAGUUACAGCACACAGAUGUCUGGCACUGACAACCCAGAGCAGUUUGAGGUCCUAAAGCAACAAAAGGAAAUAAUAGAACAAGGAAUUGACUUAUUCAAUAAGAAGCCAAAGAGGGGGAUUCAGUACCUGCAAGAACAAGGAAUGCUUGGCACUACCCCUGAAGAUAUUGCUCAGUUCCUGCAUCAAGAGGAAAGAUUAGAUUCAACUCAGGUUGGGGAGUUCCUGGGAGACAAUGAUAAAUUUAACAAAGAAGUCAUGUAUGCAUAUGUAGACCAACAUGACUUUUCUGGAAAGGAUUUUGUUUCUGCUCUGCGCAUGUUUCUAGAGGGAUUUCGUCUUCCAGGAGAGGCUCAAAAAAUUGAUCGCCUCAUGGAGAAAUUUGCUGCUAGAUAUUUAGAAUGUAACCAAGGGCAAACUCUUUUUGCUAGUGCAGAUACUGCAUAUGUUUUAGCUUACUCGAUUAUCAUGUUGACAACAGAUCUUCACAGUCCACAGGUCAAGAAUAAAAUGACAAAAGAACAGUAUAUUAAAAUGAAUAGAGGUAUCAAUGACAGUAAAGAUCUCCCUGAAGAAUAUUUGUCUGCUAUCUAUAAUGAAAUAGCUGGAAAGAAGAUUUCAAUGAAGGAAACAAAAGAGUUAACAAUACCCACAAAAUCCAGUAAACAAAGUGUUGCUAGUGAAAAGCAGAGAAGACUCCUAUAUAAUUUGGAAAUGGAACAAAUGGCUAAAACAGCUAAAGCCCUUAUGGAGGCAGUGAGCCACGUUCAGGCACCUUUUACUAGUGCAACACACCUGGAGCAUGUGAGACCCAUGUUUAAG